AUGCCGCCGCUCCCGGAUGAAGACGACGAGGACUAUUUUCUUCCACUGGAGGACCAGCGCGUCUUCGGAGCUGGCAUCCGUCGCAAGCGCGUGCCCUUCGUGCGCUCCUCGGACCACGAACUCAGCACGGUAAACCCAGCUUCUUCGACAGCACCUGGGCCCAGCAUUGCAAAUACAUACCUUUCAAUUGUUCUCAAGAAGUCCACGAGCACACCAAGCACCCCGGCGCCUCAGACUCUGUCACCCCCUCUCCGAACCACACACACUGCCCCGCCAAGCUCAGAUACUAUCGCACCAGUGCCUCCUACGCUCCCUCCGGGCGACCACUGCGAAAUCUGCAACCUUCCCUUCGCAGCAAACCAGCCAGCCGAAUCAUCCUCUGAUGCACCACCACACAGACCACACGAAGCCUCCCUCGCUCAUCAAGUCUGCCUCCAACAUUCCCACCCACCCUCUCAUCUCGACCGUACCCGCCCCGGCCUCCGCUACCUCUCUACAUACGGCUGGGACCCCGACAGACGCCUGGGGCUCGGAGCGCCCGGUCGUGAAGGCAUCCGUGAGCCACUGAAGGGCCGGCUGAAGAAUGACACAGCCGGCCUGGGUAUUGGACUCGACGCCGACGGGGACCGCAUACGGCGCCCGCCGCCCCCGCCGCCGAAGGUCCAGAAGCUGAAUGCGAAGCAGAUGCGGAAACACGCGGCGGAGGCGCAAAAAAAGCAUGAUAGGAUGCGGAAUCUUUUUUUCCAGCGAGAUGACGUCCUGAAGUAUCUUGGGGAGGAUGGGUGA